GAUUACUGCCUCAGUUGCCUCCGCGCACGUUGGUGGAGCAUAAGCUGGUGUAGCUAAGCUGACGGACGCACAGCCGCCUUCCACACAUACUGCUGGAAUAGGUGGAUGCGGAAGAAGAAAAUGUCAGUGGCAGUGAAGAGAGGAAUAAGCGCUAGAGCCGAGUCCAGAAAAUGCGCCGCGCGUUUCUGGAGGCUCUUUCCUCACCUUUUGCUGUGUCUGUCUCUGGUUGUAUAUGCUGCGCUGGGUGCGCUCAUGUUCCAGUACAUUGAAGGAGGGAGCGAGUUCACUACCCAGCUGGAGUACCAUGAGUUCCUGGGUCAGAUUGUCAGCACCGUUCAGAGCCUCACCGAUAACGCCACCUGCGCGCAUCAAUGCAUACUGGAGCAAGUGGAGACUAAGAUGCAAUAUAGCUUCAAGUCUUUAUGGCUCCAGAGACCUGACAGAUGGGAUUUUUUUGGCUCCAUGUUCUUCUGCUGCACUGUAUUCACAACAGUUGGGUAUGGGGAGAUCUAUCCAGUUACCCUGCCUGGUAAGGUGGUGUGUGUCUUGUAUGCCAUGGUGGGCAUCCCUCUCAUGCUUCUGGUCAUUCUUGAUGUGGGAGACUUCCUUGCUAUGCUUAUGUCCAGAGCAUAUGUCCGCAUUCACACCCUCUACAAAAUCCUCCAAUCCCACACCUGGUCACCGUGGAAGGCUCAUAAGAGGGCAGCGGAGUCGAGCCACUGGGCCCUGGAGGAUGGUACCUUUGUUUUCAGCCAUGAGGUUGUGAUCCGUGAACCCCUUGACAUCCGACAGGUGCUACACAGCCAGGUGGAUGUACGGCACAAGUCCAUCCAGCUCCAAAACAACAAAGAGAUCUUUGAGAAGAUUCUCGCCAGGGAGAAUUUACUUAGAAAGGGUCCAUUGCUCAGGACCCUCUCCUGCCCGGAGCUAGACCGGCUGCCACCACCACCCAAAGGAUAUGCCAUAUGGGACUUCACAGGGUUAGGCGAUGGAAUGGAAAUGCUAGAUGUACCCUUUGUGCUGAUUCUUUUCAUUGUAUUCGCCUACAUUUUCUUUGUUGGUUUGAUUCUGCCGCUGUGGGAAACUGAAUUCAAGGGCUUUGACCCCUACUACUUCUGCUUCAUCACGCUCACUACCAUAGGUUUUGGCGACAUUGUACCCAAUCACCCCAAGUACUUCAUGCUUACCUCACUCUUCAUCAUUGUUGGCAUGGCCAUCAUGUCCAUGGCUUUUAAGCUGGGCCAAACACGAAUUGUAAGCUGCUACCGCCAGUGCAUCAAGUUCAUCAGCAGGGGAAAUGUGGAGACUUUAGAAAAUGAAGAGAAUGACUAAGUCACCAAGAGAAUUGACUCAUGUCCAAGAGAUGAACAAGCUCAUAGUCCUGGCUUUGAAACAGGCCCAAAAUGGGAGUCUGUGGGAACUUGUCCAGUGUAUUCUUUGUGCUGGUUUUUCCAUUAUAAGCAUGAGCAAAAUAAAAAAUGUGCAUGUGCCAAACGCUUUUGCCCAGUGAAGGAGGGUGAUAUUCAAAAUGAUUCCUAUCUAGAGAACUUCAAAUUCUGCAUAUCUAAAUACAGUAUAUAGCCAACGAAUGACUGUUAGUUGUGCUCCAGUAAUUGUACUGCUUACAAUAAUACAGAGGAUGGACAAAAUAGUGUUGCAUUUGCUUAUAACUCAGAAUUCUGGAUUUCUUACUCCUUUCUUAAAAAAAAUCAAAUGAAAUGCCUUUCAAGUUCAUUCUUGUUUGUUCUUUUAAACUUCAAUUUAUAAAAUAAUGUCAAAUUAAUAUGGCUACCCAUACAGUCAGCAAAUAUUACAUUUUAUAGACUGUAAUAUUAGCCCUAAAGUUAGGGCUAGGGUCAGGGUCUUGACUGUAUACUGUUAAGGUGCUUACUUAAGGUGACAAUCUUUUCUACAUUGGUAGCUCAAAUGUACAGAGGUCGGCAAUGAUGCAUUUCCUACUCUGACUAUAAAUGAACAAAAUCACAAUUAUAAAAAACUUUUCAACUUAGUGGCCAUUAGUAGGAUUGCCCAAUAAUAGUGACAUUACGUUUGAUUCUGGAGCUUUGAAGAGUGUGUGGAGUGGGAAGGGUGGUUUCUGUUGAUGUACUGUGUUGUAGAUUGUUUUGCUUGUUGAAUAUGGCAUCUUCGGUUUUGCCAAUUUUGGGUGUACAACAGCAUUGGUUCUGGGUGCACUUUGACGCUGGCUGGCACUUUGAAGGUUUAAGUGGGAAAACCCUCGAAACCCAGGGCCUUAUUUAUCAAAGCAUGUUUAGAACAAAGGCUAGGAAGUGUCUAUACUUUACUGAAUAAGCAAUGAUUAAGUCUCACCUAUUUUAUCUUCUUGUGCACGUACAGGCUCAUUUACAUAAAGACCCAAUACAGAAUGCCAUAUAUUGUUAACUAACUCCCAUUGAAAGUUCUAGUAGUUUUAAUUUAGAGUCAUGUGUUAUAUCACACAUGAAAGAUAAAGACAAAAAAAUAUCGCGCACAGGGAGGUUAAGAUACUGUGGCAUUCCAAGAGCAAGCUUGUGGGAAAGCUUCCCAGCAUCCACCAGAGCAAAUGGAUUUAUGGCCAAAAGUCAAAUUUUUGUACGUUUCAGGUUAUUAGUGGUGUUAUUAAAUUUUACAUUACUACAAGCAAAUGUAGUUAGACAGCAAGUGACGUGGUGUAAACAAUUUAAUGUCAAGAUCUCACUACUUGGUGGUAAUGAUGAUGUGUCUCUUGUUACCCAAUAAAUAUUCUCAAACGUUGAACUUUCUCUCCAUUAACAUCUCAGUUCAAUGCAAUUUAUAGAUUUCCAAUUUGUUUUGAUUUGCCUUUUUGUCGUUUUACUUUUUAAAAAUGCAUAUCUUAACAAUUUACUGUAUUAUUUGUAAUUUAGGAAUGCCUGCUGUUAUACCUAUGUACUACCAGGGUUUUGUUGGUCCUUAAGGUCAGUAGGGGUUCUAAAUAUAUGAACAUCCUCAAACACAACAAGAAAUUAAUGUGUAAAAAUUAACCUUCGCAUGGUUGAUAAAUGACGUACCCUCUGAGUUUGUAGUAGAGGAGGUUGGAGCAGAAUUUAUCAGUAUUUUGUUGAGAUGGGACAGCAGCUAAGUACGUAUUUGUCUUAUACUGUAUUUCGCGUAGAUUUCUCCCAACAAAGUAUAUGUAUGUAACUUUUUAUGAAAAUAUAAAUGAUUAAAUUAUAUAAAAAUAUAAUAUUUAUGUCACAAAGACAUUAGACCACGGUCUAAUUAUGUUUUAUUAUUGUUACCCAAUUAAAGUUUUGUACAGUGGUCCUGAGAGAUCAACAAACUGCAACUUACUGUAGAAAAAACAUUCAGAUAUACAGAACAAAAGCAAAUUCAGAAAACAUCUUCACCAAUUUCACAGCACAUGCUCAGGAUUUCGAAAAAAAUGCUGCAGUGAGAAAACAGAAAUAUUUUGCAAACACAAUUCUCUGUCUUUCCAACAAAAAUUUCAUAUUAAAAAGACUCAAAACCAUUUAUUAACUAUUAACACACUACUUAUAAAUGCUAAACAGGGGUAUUGCUGUUAUAUAAUAUAAAAUGUAUAUUAUUCUUGUGAGUGAAGGAAAGAUUAACAUUUCAGUCGUGGAAUUUGUAUAAGUGUAAAAAUAAAUCAUCAUGUAAUGGACUUCAUAUAAGAACAUUUACUCUUGCCUACUUGAACCUGUGUUAACUUUUUUUUGGCUAGACUACAACAGUGGGGCCAGCCUUAUAAACGGG